AUGGGUAUAUGUAGCUUAAAUAUUACUAUUUUAUACGAGUCACUAUGUCCAGACAGUGUGGACUUUUUUAUGGAACAGUUGCAACCAGCUUGGUCGAGCUUGGCGCCCUAUACGAAUUUUACAUAUGUUCCAUUUGGAAAAGCAUAUAGUAUAAAAAAUGGAAAAAGGUUCAUCUGCCAGCAUGGAGCAAACGAAUGUGCAGGAAAUAAGAUGCAAUCAUGUGUUUUGCAUUUACUUCGAGGCCAACCGUUUCGUCAAUUCACAUUUAUCAUUUGCCAGAUGAAUGGAAUUUCGCCGGUGGACGGAAGCGCGUGUUUUAAGAAAGUGAAUCUGAACGAAUGGAAAGUUAGACAAUGUGAAAAUUCUGAUAUUGGUAACUCUUUGCAAUUGCUGGCUGAAAAUAUCACGCACCGGUUUAAUCCUGAGUUUAUACCUACAAUUUUGUUCAAUGAUUUAUAUUUCAGGAGCUUCCAGAACAUGGCUCUUAUGGAUUUUAAACAUGCUGCUUGUAAAUUUUUCCCUCCUGGACACGUAGCAUGUAUUUGA